GCAAGCCCCACGUCCGGUCAGCCUUGCGGGGAGAUGUGGGCCGAGGACUCAUAUGACAUAACGGAUACCUCACGUCCCGUCCUACCCUGUGUUGGGGUGCGUCACUGGUGCGCAGGGCUCCAGCCAACUCGCGACAUCCCCCUAACGUAGGCGCGUCAAGAACCAAGCUGUCUCCAUCCGGCGUGCGAUGUCCCUACACUAAAUUCUUGGGCCCAACGGGUGCGACAUUCGAAACAGACGUUUCAGUACAUGCCUGGUACAUACCAGGUACCUGCCUAUCUGUCCGGAUUACCUGACCUCUGAGUGAUUCGCUGCCCCCCCUCGGUCUGGUCUAACCUACAGCGAGCCGGUGGUUUCCGCAAACCGCAUCACAGCAAGUGUUGCUCUUCACCCGGGUACGGCUCGAUGACCUCCCAACGGCAGGCAAACAGCAGCUGGCAGUCCGCCGUUUCGAGUACCUCCCCUAAGUUGGUGAGUGCAAUGGAGGUUGCUAUCGCCGCCGGCGCAGAGGUGGGCCGAGUAGGCCGCCGCAUCUUCCAGAGGAUCUGGGACCCAACACCCGUCAACCAGCGAGACUUGGACCAGCCGGUCUGGUGUCUGGGCCGCUCAUACACGCUCGGCGCGAAGCCGUCAGGGAUACCACCACCCUUCGCUGCCAGCACCCCGCCCGCCGACAGCAACAUCGACAACGCCGCCCCGGGAACAAAAGCCGCGACCCCUCCCGGCACGCAGCAAGUUCUCGACACACCACCCGAUUCUGUCGCAAGCAGCUUCGAUUCGUCGCUCGUCUACGAGGAGGACUCGGAUCCGGAUGGCGGCUGGCCGCCGGCGUUCUUGGAUGAUUUCGAGUCCCGGAUAUGGAUGACCUACCGGACCGGGUUCGAGCUGAUCCCCAGGUCCACCGAUCCCAGAGCAAACUCGGCCCUGUCGUUCGCCAUGCGACUCAAGACAUCCUUUGGUGACCAGACGGGCUUCUCAUCGGAUACUGGCUGGGGCUGUAUGAUCAGGUCGGGCCAGAGCCUACUGGCCAACGCGCUCCAGAUCUCCCGGUUGGGACGUGAUUGGAGACGAGCUACGGAUCCCGAUGCCGAGCGCGAGAUACUAUCGUUGUUCGCCGACGACCCACGCGCCCCUUAUUCGUUGCACAACUUUGUCAAACACGGAGCGGCGGCGUGCGGGAAAUACCCUGGGGAGUGGUUUGGACCGUCGGCCACAGCACGAUGCAUUGAGGCUCUAGCGAACCAACAUGAGAGUUCAUUGCGGGUAUACUCAACGGGUGAUCUUCCGGACGUCUACGAAGACAGCUUCAUGGCCGUUGCCAACCCGGACGGCGAACACUUCCAUCCAACAUUGAUUCUGGUAUGCACGAGGUUGGGUAUUGAUAAGAUCAACCAAGUCUAUGAGGAGGCUUUGAUCUCCACUCUGCAGAUGGAGCAGUCUAUCGGCAUUGCGGGAGGUCGACCCUCAUCAUCUCACUACUUCGUUGGCGUCCAAGGACAAUGGUUAUUUUACCUCGAUCCUCACCAUCCCAGGCCAGCUCUCCCCUACCGCGAGGCCCCAGAGGACUACACAAGCGAGGAGCUGGGCUCUUGCCAUACGCGGCGCCUGCGACAUCUCCACGUGGAGGACAUGGACCCCAGCAUGUUGAUCGGCUUCCUGAUCAAGGACGAGGAUGAUUGGGACACGUGGAAGAGUGCUGUGAAGCAUGUGCAGGGCAAGUCUAUCAUCACUGUCUCGCCUCACGAUCCGGCGCGGGGUGCGGGCUCUGGACGGGCGGAGGCCAUCGAUGAAGUCGAGACUUUGAGCGACGAUGACGAUGACGCGGACACGGUGCUUGAAGCAUAGUCCUCUCAGGAGACACAUAGAACCCACAUCGGCAACGACACGGGCGACUGGUUCGGUUGUCGGUUCCCGCCCCGCGUCUUCUAUGUUAUCUCGUGCUUCCGACUGUGAGUCGGGCGAGCAAUCGGAUUCUGGUGGUCUCCGGAUUUUGGUGUCCCGAACGGAGGUGGCAAGCUUGGGCUUUGUUACA